GUGAUCAACGCCAUGUUUGGGAGCAGGGACGCACGGCUUCUCAAAUGUUGGAUAUAUUUGUGCAGUGUUAUAACAUUGGUUAGCCCCACUGGGAUCUUGGAGAUACGGUUUGACCGGUUUCAGGCAGUUAACACUGGUCAAAAUACAGCGGACCCAAAUGCCGGAGGUAGCUCCACCACCGUAUCCAUGGCAACAACGCAAUCGCUGGAAAACCUGUCGUCCAAUUCCACCCCGACCCCCAUCGUCCCCGUCACCCCCUCCUGGGAGGACCCACCCGUCUGCCAGCCACCCACCAGAUACCGCUUCCUGCUCUGUAUGGAUAUGUUGGGGCAGCCGGAGCAGUGCAGUCUGGGGCGGGAGGAGACAGAAAUGUUGCAGAUCACCCAGGGGACGGUCACACCCACGGGGGAGGGCAGCGACAUCCUCAUGUUCGGAAACAACCUCCGAGGCAUGCCCAACCCACAGGUCAACCCUCUCCGAUACAACUUCCCUACCUGGCCGGGUUCUAUAAGUGUGACUGCAUAUGUGCAGUGCUGUGGAGUUCCAGAUCCGAGUCGCUGUGAGGAGAAACUGUCUGGCAGAAUGUCAGUCAUUCCGUCUGUGAACCAGAGAACGGCUGUGCCAACCCUCGUCAAUGUCACCAACAAGGGGAGCCUGAUGUUAUCGGUAACGAUCCUAUGCUCCCCCAACUACUACGGCGUCAACUGCUCGACGUUCUGCCGCGACGACAACCAGCUGGACAACCGUGUCUGCCACCCGACCACCGGUCAACUUGUGUGCAGUCCAGGCUGGAGCGGCAGGAACUGUAACGAGGACGUGAACGAGUGUGACCUUGGCGUCUGUCGUCAUAGCGCCGGCUGUAACAACUUGCUGGGAACCUUCACCUGUCAUUGUCUCAGAGGGAGUUCAGGCAGAUUUUGUGAGAACCGUGAAGCAAGCUGUUCCAGCCAACCCUGCCUCAAUGGCGGAACAUGUUUUGAAGACUUGGCGUCCGUGGGCUUCCUGUGCGAGUGUGCCCCGAGCUGGAGCGGUGCCCAGUGUGCCACCCUGGUGCCCCGGACCACCCUUGGACCACCCACUGGUCACGUGACUGGAACAGUGGCUUCUGAACAAGAUGACCCGAAAACAGAGCCCCAGAGCAGCUCGGACUGGACGCUGUGGUACGUGGUAAUAGCGCUGCUGGCGGUCACGUGUCUCGUCGUCAUCAUCCUCAUCAUCUGCGUCAUCUGGUCCAGCCGCAAACGCCGGUACCAGAUAAGUGGGGCCACCAAACCCGACCAGGCCAUAGCUACAGUGACCACGGUGACCACAGCCCCACCUCCUGGUCAGUUCGAUAACAUGGUGUAUCUCCACGACCCAGAAGACCUUGACCUUCAGCCUCCAACCUCUAACCUUUAUCAGCGUGCUCUCAUGUCAGAUGACCCUUACAUCAACCAGGCAUCCCUCUACGAAGACCGAAUAGAUCCAGAUACACCGUUUGAAGGAGAGGGUCAGGAUGUACCUCGUGGAAGCGGGAGACCUGUUUCAUCAGCCACUGAUAACUUUUACGCCUCUUGGGAUUGUAUUCUUCAACCGGAAGACUCUCAAUAUGAGGCUAUAACCUUUCAAGGUUUUCAGGAACGACUAGAUGGUCUGCAGCGUUCUCAGGCAGGGACGUCCCCAUCCUAUCGCCGUGGUAGUGACCCUGCUUCAGAUUCGAAUUUUUACCCAACACACCCGGGCUUGUACCCUGUUGAUUUUAUUCAAAGUGACACUUCCGAAAUGGUUGCUUCACAGCCGAACAAUGAUCGUCGACUUUCAACAUUUAGACCCGUGCCGGAGUCUCAAAUCAGCGGACAAUUCACUGAACCAAUUUACGACCGCCGGUUAUCUGUUGAGCCAACAAAUGAAGAUGUGGCUCAGAGCGAUCAGAGAUUCUCGAGUGUCUCCCAAACAGUUCAAGCUGAUCGCCGAAUGUCCACGGAGUGUGUCAAUGAAGACACAAAGGUCACAGGUCCAAGGGUGGUAACAUUAACCAAUCCUUCAGUCAGUAGUUCUUUUAAACGACCAUGCCCCACCCCCAGAGCGAGUAGAACUAUUGCCAAGGAGGCUCACACAGAGAGUAACAGCGAAAUGUCAUCCACCCCACAACUGAGCAGCAGGAAGAACAGCGAAAUUCCAUCCGCCCCGCAUCAGAGCAACAGGAAGAACAGCGAAAUACCAUCCGCCCCGCAUCAGAGCAACAGGAAGAACAGCGAAAUACCGUCCGCAGCACAGCAGGGCAAGAGGAAGAACAGUGCGGACCUACUGAAUCAGAUAGGAGGACUUCUACAGGAUGGGCCCGCGGAGAACAGUCGAAGCAAAAGUGGUUCCUAUGCCCUGAGCAAGUGAUAGAGAACCAGAACACUACUAUCAGGAGCCAAGUCUAUUUCGCGACAUCCUGAUUGUAUUGCACAAUGGCAAUUUUAACGAUUUUGUAUUUAUUUAAGUUUUUUUAUAUUAAAAUCAUUUAUUUAGAAAGUCUGAAUGCAAAUAAAGUUAUUAUUUUGUUAUAGUUGCUUUGGCACAGCGGAAUUCUAGACCUUUGUAGAGAAUGUUGUUAUUAUAUUUUUCAUUCUUGGACUCUAAAUUAUAUUUUACACCCAAGGAGAUUUGAAUAAAUUUCAAACUACUUCAUCACCGGUGAGAGUUUAAAAACACUUCGAAGUAGAAUACCGGCACGGUUUAAAAUAAAAUGUAUAUUUAAAUAUUGAACAAUAUUAGAAAUCUUGACUACUAUUUGAUGCAAUACGCCCGGGCCUAAUACAGGGAGUGAGUCAAUUAAGCAGAUAUAGGUGAUUUAACAGACUGAAGUCUUAAGAAAAUAGUUUGUUAAAAUAUUUCGACUUUUAUUAAGAAAGGAAAAUACUUUCCAUGCAGAUUAUUAAAAUAUAUUUUGUUUGAAUUUAAUUUCCAAGUCCUUAUUUGUUCAUUGCCAACUUCUGUUGUAUAACGGUUUGUUGUCAUUUAUGGUGAAAGAAGCAGUUUUUUUUAUAGUUUUGAACAGGAAUGUCUUAGUUCGAAUGCCGAAUAACUUAUUUGUUUAUGUUUUAUGUAGAAAUGGUAGUAUACCAGCUUGUAGAUGUAUAUGCUGUAAUGUUGUGGAAUAAAUGAAUAUGUAAUGAAACCUUAUUGUGA